AUGUGGGCGAACUGCUGCGGCGAAGGGGACGACCCAGGAGGCUGCAGCUCGCUCAAGGGUCCCGACUUUCACACAUACGGAAAGAGCGACCCGCUGGGGAGUAGCUUGUCGUCGUUCAUGGACGACAACCUCACCAGCGACACCUGGAUUGAGAGCAACGACGGCGACAACUUCGUCAAGGGCGGUUUCCUCUACGAGAAGGGCUUCUGGGGCCGCAAAGUGCGCCGAAUCGUCCUCACCGAGAAGAGCUUCCGCAUUCUGCACAAGCGGACCGGCAUCGUCAAGAAGUACUACAGCCUGUACUCGGUGCAGAACGUGGAGGCCCAGCGCUGCACCCAUGUAUUCAUCAUCAGCCUUUACACGGCCAAGGGCAAGAUGAAGAGAUUGUAUUUUGAGCCCUCCAGCGCCGAGCAACGCAAGGAAUGGAUGAAGGCCAUCCAGGUGUGCGUGGCCUUUGUCAAGGCCGCCAAGGAGGAGAGGGAGAACACUCGCUACGGCACCUCCGCCAGGCGCACGUCGUCAAAGAUCGCUGAGUCGCGUCGCCACUCGGGCGAGUGGAGUUCUCAGGGCUCCGGCAGCGGCUGGGAAUCGGUCGAAGACCGACCCGAGCUCGAUGGCCGGCGGCCGGUGCUCUCCAAGUCCGCGGUCGACCUCGGGUACAGCCGCGAACGGAGCGCGAGCGCAACCAGCGGCGCCCGCCUGCGCGGCCGGCCCGAAGGGGCGCUGCUCGAGGAGAACAACGGCUACAACCCCUUCCCGGCCGUGGAGCAGUGGGACCUGGAGGAGCCGGAGACCAUGGGCCAGCUGGGCAUCCCCACCGGCAAGCGCGGCUUUAGCCGGCACCAGGCGGUGUAA